AUGCCCCGCGGCCGCCCGGCGCUGCUGGCCCUGGGCGCCGUGCUGGUCUGUGUCCCGCUCCUGCUGCUGCCCGCCGCCCGCCGCCACGGCCCGGCCCGACUCCCGGCCAACGCCACGGUGCGGGCGGGAGUGACGCCGGGUGACCCCGCCGUCGCCUAUAGGGAGGCCGCCGCGCCGCGAUUCCCGGCAUCCAGCAGGCCCGACGUGCUGCUGCUGCACGGCCAGGCUUUCACUUCUGGCACGUGGCAGGCCCUGGGCACGCUGGCGCUGCUCGCCGCCGAAGGACACCGCGCCGUCGCCAUCGAUCUGCCCGGCUAUGGGGAUUCACCCGCCGCAGGCUCGGUGGCCACGCAGCGGGGUCGGGCAGCCUUCCUGCAGCGUGUCGUGCGGCAGCUGGGCCUGCAGAGACCGGUCCUCGUCAGCCCGUCCAUGAGCGGCCGCUUUGCCCUGCCCUUCCUCCUGGCACAUGGCGAGCAGCUGGCCGGCUUUGUGCCCAUCGCACCCGUGGGCACGCGGGAAUACAGCGCCGUGCAGUACCAGCAGGUCCAGACGCCCACCCUGAUCCUGUAUGGUGAGCGUGACACCGGCCUGGGCCAGCAGGCCCUGCAGAGCCUCCGGCAUCUCCCCAAGCACCGCGUGGUUGUGCUGCCUGGUGCUGGCCAUGCCUGCUACAUGGACAAGCCGGAGGACUUCCACCGGGCCCUGCUGGGCUUCCUGGGCCAGCUGAAAUGAUCUGGGUGCUGCUGCACUGAGCAGAGGGCAGUGGGGCUUUGGCUUUGUCUCUGUGCCUCACUGGGAGGUGGGGAGGUGGUGUGGGGCUGGGGGUGAAUCGCCAGCAGUGCCCUCCUGCAGCAUCGCCGCUCCCUCUUGUGGUUGGGAGCAGAGGUUCCAUGCUCAUCGAACUGUGGCAUCAUGGAAUAUCCCAAGUUGGAAGAGGUGCUGGCUCCACACAGAACCACACAAAAACACAGAGUGAUGUCCAAACGCUGUCUGAGCAGCAGCUUGGGGCUGUGCCUACUGCCUUGGGGGAGAGAGGGCUGUUCUGUGCCCACCCACGGCCCCCUGGUACCUUCUCUGAAUUUCAGAAUGAUGUUCUGGCAGGGCAACCCUGGUGCCAGGGCUCUGGGCACGGUGCUGCGAUGCUGGCAGGGGAGGGGGGCCGCGAGCUGGAAGGAAGGAUCUGCGAGCCGCCUGUCCCGAGGCCAAUAAACACGUCGCGCUCCGGUC